UAUAGUUUGACGGUGGUGACAAAAACCUCUGAAUGGUCUUUAUUUGAGGAUUACAAUUGCUGAUCGCUAUAUUGGAGGACUGCUAUACUUCAUUUUAGCCUCUCAUAUUUUUUCUAACAUUACAAUAAACUUUAUCUUCAUGUAUUUUAGGAUGGUUCGGGAGAAGCUAUCUGAGCUGGACAGGAAGCAAAGGAAUCGGGAAUAUCAAAGAAAGAGGAGGGCGAAGAUCUAUGGACAGUCAUGCCAUUUUGGUCAGAACCUACCCCAGCUUCAUCUCCAUACUGGCAUGCAUUACACAAACAAACAGAAGGCAAGUUUUUGUACUGUCUCAGAGUCAAAGCGGCAAGAUGCUGCAGCCAUUUGGACACACAUGGAACCAGUCCUGAGAGACAUUCGUUCAAAGUUUCCAACAAUUGACACCAUUCACUUUUGGUCAGAUGGCCCCAGCAAGCAGUAUAAAAACAAAAACAACUUUUAUCUACUUUGCAUUGUCCCUCCAACGUUGGGCUUCAGAAGAGCUACUUGGAACUUUUUCCCCACGUCACAUGGGAAGGGAGCCCCAGACGGCAUUGGUGGCACAGUCAAAAGGACAGCAGACAGCCUCAUACUGAGGGGACAUGACAUCAUUAAUGGUGAUGUCUUCCAGGACAUGGUAGGCAGCAACCUCUGCAAAACCGAGCUCUACACCAUUUCUGAAGCUGACAUGCAGCCAUAUGACACACUCCUGGCUCAACCAAUAAAGCCUGUACCUGGAACAAGAAAAUUUCAUCAGGUUGCACCGACAUAUCUCAACAAUUCUGAAAUAAUUUGCAGAUCCCUGUCCUGUUUUUGCAGUGACCCUCAGUUUUGCAGCUGUUUCAGUCCAACAAUAUUCCAGCUGCACAUAAAACCACACAGGAUACAGGCCGGAAAGGAUGGCAUGACACAGAAGAAAGGCCCUUUGGCACUCUUGAUGGAGGAACAAGAGCCAAUCACCAAAAGGGGUCCUAUAGGAACUGUGACAAAUCUUACUGAGGAGGUACUUCAGUCCGGUGAUUGGCUUGCAGAUGUUUAUGAUCAACACUGGUGGCUUGCAAGGGCUGUUACUGUGGACUCUGAUCAUCAAGAUGUCAAAGUGGAAUUUUUCCACCCACAUGGGCCCACAACACAAUUCUUUCCAUGUCGAGGUGGAAAGGAUAUGUGCUUUGUACCCUUCAAUAAUGUUCUGGUCAAACUUGAGGAACCAUCAACACCAGUUCGUACAAGCAGGAGAAGGGAGAUAUACCAUCUACCAGCUGAGGUGAUGGACUUCAUAGAAGAGCAACGUGCACUCCACCUUCUUCCUAGAGAAUCUAACUGA